AUGCCCCUAAACUACCCAGCUAUAAAAAAAUUUCUUUUAUCGAAAAAUACAGUUCUCAUUAAACGAGCUAUCAGAAGCAUUGAGGCCAGUUGUUGAACUACAAACGCUUCAAAACCCCAAAACAUCUUCACCCGUUUACCGUUCCGACCCGAUCCAGCAUGGGGCUGCCGGAGAUGGAACCCAUGGCUUCGGCCAUCGGAGUCUCGGUCCCCGUCCUCCGCUUCUUGCUAUGCUUCGUGGCGACCAUUCCGGUGAGCUUCCUUCACCGGUUCGUCCCCGGCGGACCCACCGCCCGCCACCUCUACGCCGCCGCCACCGGGGCAGCCCUAUCCUACCUGUCUUUUGGGUUCUCGUCGAAUUUGCAUUUCCUCGUGCCGAUGGUAUCGGGCUACGCGUCGAUGGUGAUUUGCCGGAAGUACUGUGGGGUUGUUACUUUCUUUCUGGCGUUUGGGUACCUCAUCGGAUGCCAUGUAUACUACAUGAGCGGAGAUGCAUGGAAGGAAGGAGGUAUAGAUGCUACAGGAGCUCUGAUGGUAAUAACACUAAAAAUCAUAUCGUGCGCCAUUAAUUACAAUGACGGACUGCUGAAGGAGGAAGGUCUGCGCGAAGCACAAAAGAAAAAUCGGUUGCUCAAAUUGCCAUCAUUACUUGAGUACACGGGUUACUGUCUCUGUUGUGGAAGUCACUUUGCAGGUCCCGUGUAUGAAAUGAAAGACUAUCUUGAAUGGACUGAGAGGAAAUGGAUUUGGCUGGCUUCAAAGGAUGGAUUUACCCCCUCUCCUUAUUGGCCUACUUUUAGGGCUCUUAUCCAAGCUGCUUUCUGUAUGGGCUUGUAUUUGUAUCUUGUACCACAUUACCCACUUUCCCGAUUUACAGAAUCGGUAUACCAAGAAUAUGGAUUCUGGAAAAAGUUGAGUUACCAGUACAUGUCAGGCUUCACUGCUCGUUGGAAGUACUAUUUUAUUUGGUCCAUAUCAGAAGCUUCUAUUAUUAUUUCUGGCCUGGGAUACAGUGGCUGGAAAGAUUCAAAUCCACCAAAACCUCGAUGGGAUCGUGCAAAAAAUGUUGAUAUAUUAGGUGUUGAGUUGGCCAAGAGUUCCGUGCAGCUACCACUUGUGUGGAAUAUUCAAGUCAGCACCUGGCUAAGGCAAUGUGUAGGUAUCGGAACCCAAAAAUCCCAUUUGCCUGAUUUCUACUCACUCACUUCAUUGAAGUGCACGACUAUACUCAUCAAUGUCUAUGAGAGGCUGAUUCAGAAAGGCAAGAAACCAGGCUUCUUUCAGUUGCUGGCAACUCAAACCGUGAGCGCCGUGUGGCAUGGAUUAUAUCCUGGGUACCUCAUAUUCUUUGUUCAAUCUGCUUUAAUGAUAGCUGGUUCAAGAGUAAUUUACAGAUGGCAGCAAGCAAGCCAAGUGGCUCUACUCAAGAAGCUGCUCGAUCUAUUGAACUUUGCUUACACGCUAUUGGUUCUCAACUACUCCGCCGUUGGUUUCAUGGUGUUAAGCUUGCGUGAAACGUUAACCGCAUACAGAAGUGUGUACUACAUAGGGACCAUCAUCCCAGUUGUCCUAAUCCUGCUAGGCAAAGUCAUCAAGCCAGCAAGGCCAGCCAAGUCAAAAGUACGGAAAGAUGAAUGAGUUUUUUUUAAAAAAAAAAAUAAAAAUAAACCCUUGCAUUUUUUGUUAAGAGCUUGGGUUGAGGUUAGCAAACUAGUAGACUUUUAAGUUCCUCUGCGUCUUUAUUUGUUCUUGUUUAACAUCAAAUAACCAAUAAAAUAAAGACUUUUGUGCCCAUUAAAUCGUUUUUAACCAUUAUUUGCAGACAUGGUUUCGUCGUCUAAUAAUUGUGUAGCGCCAUUUGUUACUGUAUGGUUAGAUACGAUCUUACAUGUGCUUAUUGUAGAAUUUACAGUCGAACAUGGAGGAUCGGCUGUGAAUGUGUUCAUAACUUCAUAUAUACAUUAAGCAGCCGCUCUUUGUAUGAUUUUGGGCUUUUAAGACCAAGUUAAUUUGGAAGAGGAAAAGCCAAGAUAAAUUGUUGGGCUGAACCAGAU